UCUUUCUUUUGAUUUUUCGUGCCGUUAGAGAUUUUUCGAAAGGAAGCGUGAUUGGUUACGCCAGGUGCCCCAAGAAAUUAUAAUCAAAUAUGUAAAAUUUAUACACAUAUCAUAGAAAAAGAAUGAAAUUACUGUAUGCCAUAUUAACCCUUCUUGGAUUUACAUCCCUUGUUUUUGGACAGCAAUAUACAUCAAAUUUAGAUUCAAUUUAUGAAGAAAAUGCAGUAGUUAUUGUUGGAAGUCAAACUAUUAAUUUAAAUGACACCUAUUAUGUCAACCCAGAAGCAUUGGAUCCUGCCUAUAUAAAUACAAAUGAUUAUGUGAGGUAUCCUUCCUUAAUUACCUCCAAUGGCCAUAUUAUGGAGAUCAUUGGACUUAAUGACUCGUCUGGUACUUACCCUGGGUCAACAAUUGUCUUUGAAAAAGUCAUUGAGAUGAAUGAUGACACUAUUUCAACUACUCAAACACAGAUGUUAGAAAUACAAUUGUGGCUAUCAAACAAUGAUUCUUUAGAGGCUAUUAAUAAUGUGUACAUUGAAGAAGAUUUAACUGAUGGAUUAAAGGCAGAUUAUGGUACAAUGACACGUGGAGGAACUAAUCAUAAUAUUACAAGUACUAAUGGAGAGAGAGAAUUUGUUUAUAAUGUGGGAAACUUAGCAGCCAGUACGAGUUCUUCUUUGACCUUCAUUGCUCGACCAUAUGGAGAUGACGGGACAGAAUUAGGGGAUGGUAUUACCUAUUAUUACAGCAAUCUUUACUUUGAUGCUAAAGAUGGAGGUGGAACAUAUCAGACUGUUGGACCAUUGCAAAUAUCUGUUUGUGUAGUGAGGGAAGAUAAUGAAAUAGCAAAUUUGUUUUACCAACAUGGAUUUACAGCAUUAGCCUUCUUCAUGGCUGCUCUCCUUGGAAUUAUAUUAGUCGCUUUGUUUGCUGUGUUGUAUGUCAUCUUCAUAACAAGAAGAAGAAAAUCUGUAGUUGGAAUAGAGGAUCAAGUAAUGAUGGAGAAAGGGAAAAAUAUUAUUUUAAAUCCUGCUGACGUUAUGAAGACUGGGAACACAAUUCUUGAUUAUAGCUCAACAGCUCCAGAUGAUAGUAUUGUUGGAAUUUUAUCUAUGAAAGACAGACUAAAAAGAUACAGAGAAAUUGAUGGUUUGGAUAUUGUUUCUUCAAUUAAAGUGGACACAGAUAUUGAGACAGAGAGAAAUGAUGCUACAAUUCAGGCCACUGUACUGCUACUCAAUGGACUUCAUCAGAAUAAAGAUUUAUCAUCAGCCAAUCAACAACAAGUUGUAAAUAACUUUAAAAAGAAGAGAACAAACCUAGACAAGAACUUAGAUGAUGAAUAUAAACGUGAGGUCAAGAAAUUGUACAAGAAGCUUGGUGCCAAAAAUAAGGCAAGAAUGUCUCAUUUGCUGCAGAAACAGAAAGAUGAGAGGAAAAAGAUUGUUAGUGAGAUGCAUGAUCUAGGAGACAAGGAAAGAAACCAGUUGUUAAAGAUGAUGGACAAACAACACCAGUCUGAACAGACAGAAGAGACAUAUAAGCUUAAAUUAGAACAAGAUGAAGAAACUGAAAAUCUUAGAAAGGAAUUUGGAGCAAGAAAGAGGGUUGGUCUGAAGGAACUACAACAGGAAAUGUUGACAGAAGCAGGAGAAAUAGGUUUGCUAGAUCAACAGAAAAUGAAUUGGAUGUUGGAAGAACACAGGAAAACACAAGAAAAGUUGGAGAAGACUUAUGAUGAAGAGAUUUCAAGACAACGUAUGUUACUAGAAGAGAAACUAGAAAGACGAAGAGCUCUUGCCAAAUCAAGUGAGACUCAAGAGGAUGACCAGAGCUACUUACUGAAUACUAUGGCAGGACAUCAACUGACACUUAUAGAAGAAAGUCAGAAAUCCUCUGGAAUGGGACAUGAUCAAGCUGAGAAAUAUAUAGAAGAGGCCAAGGCUGAGUUGAUGGCUUUAAAUGAAAGGAGAGAAAAGGAAAGAGAAAAACAAGAAGAAGCAUUGCAUAAAAGACUCAGUGCUUUGAAAAAACAACAACUUGACAAUAAGAGAAAAGAACAGAAAACGAAAAUGGAGGAUUUUGAAGCCAGAACUAUAGGGACACAGUCUGAAGGGCCUGUUGACCCAGAAAACUAUUUGACAGAAAAAGCCCAGCUACAGUCUAAAAAUAGACAAGAGUUAUACAACUUAGAGAAAGAAAUAGAUGAAGUACAGUCCACAGAACUUGAACAGUCCCGUGAAGAAGCAUUGGAGAAGACUAAAGAGGAACUACAUAUUCAUGAAGAAAAUUUAAUCAAGAAACUAGAACAAGAAGGCAUGGACAGAUCUAGAAUCAACAGUUUAUUGGAUAAACAUGAGCGAGAAGUUGAUAGGUUGGAAUCUAAACAGAAAGAACAACAGACACUACAAAAACGACAUAUAGAUGAAGUACUUGCCCAGAGAAGACAGGAGUGGGCAAGAAAGAAAGAACAGGAGAAAGUUGAACAAGAACAAUUGAGAGAUUAUGAAGCUAAAGUUGUCAACAAAUUGAUUUGUGGCCAAAUGAGCAUCUCUGAUGAAGAGAGAGACAGAAUAAUGAAAGAACAUGAAAAACAAAUGGUUAAACUUGAAAACAGCUUAACUUUGAAUAAACUAAGACAGAAAAGAAUGUUGGAAGAAAAGUUAUCCCAGAAGAAGGCUCAGUUAAUGCAGAACUUACAAGAGAAACAAACUAUAGAUAGUGAGAAUCUUAGAAGAAAACUGGAACACAAUGCUGAAGAUGAUGAUGAGGAAGGACUGAAAAAGAAAAUGUCGCUAAUGAAAUCUCAGGCUGAUCAUCGUAUGGCAGUAUUACAAGGGAACAGACUGAAUAUGGAUGAUGCUAUGGAUGAGGUGCGAAUAGAAAUGAUGAAAGAAAGAGCUCAAGCACUGAAAGAUCAAGAAGAAAGAUUAGGAGCUAUGGUAGCAUCACUUCAGAUGUCAAAGGCCAAAGAGCUUGCCAAAAUAGAAGAGCAACAGAAAGCUAUUAACAAUCUGAAAUCUAACCUGCUAGAGGAUUUAAAUGCCAGGAAUUUGUUAGAUGAUACUGAAACACAGAAAAUAAUACAAAGUCAUAGACAGGCACAAGAUGAUCUUAACAAACAAAUGGAAGAACAUAGAGUGAAACAGGAAAAGAUGUUGAAAAAGAGACUAAGAGAUAGACUAGAAGUACGUCAGAAGGCUAUGGAAGAACAGCAACGAACAGAACUACAAGAAAUAUUAGUAAACUGUAAAAAUAAGACAGCUAUGAGAAUCAGAGAAGCCUUACUGCUACACAAACAAAUGAUAGCAAUGGAACAGUUCAGGAAUCAGUUAGACAGAGAGAUCGCACAAACCCUGGAGAACGUUAGACAAGAAUAUAAUCUGAAACGCAUGCAGAAAAUGCAAGAGCAGGAAUUGGAAUUUAUUGGAGGUUUGGUGAAGUAUAGCAGUUUACAGCAGAGUGAAUGUGUUACUGUAUUGAAUAUGUUGUUCCCAUCUAAAACAGAUGAAGAAAUCAAAAAGAUUAUGGCACUGAUAUAUGGAGAACAAGCACUUUCUCAAAAGGAUAAAAAUACUGGAAGGAGGAAUAGCUCUCUUCUUCGACGUGUUCAAGGGUUAGAGAAGUCAUCUGCCCCUUGGGCACAGCUCUCAGACAGCACCGGGAGCCGGAAAUCUCCCAAAAAGAAGGGCAAGAAGAAAAAGAUGAUUGAGGAAGAUGAUUACUAUGACAGGGAACCGGAUUUUGGUGGUUAUGGUGAGCGACCAGAACCACUGGGAGGGCAUUCUGAUAACUAUUAUGAAGAUCAUUCAUUUGACACUCAUCAAAGGUUUCGUAAUUAUGAAAAUGACUUUGAUAGGCCACCUUCAAAAUCAAAUAAAAGGCGUUCGUUUGGUGAGGAUAUACAUUUUGAAUCACCUGUAGCCUCGGCACCACGUCAACUACCUCCAUUACCUGCAGAAACUGGUGGAAGGAAAAAGAAGAAGAAAAAGCUCUUGAAAAAAUUAGCAGAUUCUACCUAUCGUGAUGAGGACAAUUUUUAGAGAUUACAUGAUACCAGUUCAUAACUAUUUGUAGAGAUUACAUGAUACCAGUCCAUAACUAUUUGUAGAAUUCUUAGUUGCUACUGGUCUAUAGGGUAGAUUUCACCAAUAGAUAACAUAUGUUUCCACUUUCUUUAUUCUCUUUUGAGAAACAAAAGUGUUAUUUUUUCCUGUAAAUCCCAUAAAAAAGAAGCAAUUAAAGAAAAAUUACAAAUAAUAUUUAUUUUUAAAAUUAUUUUUAGAUUAUUUAGAUAAUUGAAAACCAUUACAAUGUUUGUUGUGGUGUAAUUGUUUUUAUUUCUGUGAUAUUCCAGUCUGUGAUUUUGCUCAAUUUAUAAGUCUUUUAUAUUUUAUAUUUUUUUUCGUUUUAAUUAAAACAUCUAAAACAGCAUAUUGAAGCUUUAAAUUUUAUAUUUCUAAGGCAUUUGUUUAUUUCCAAAUAUUUCAAUAGCUUUUCACCAGAAAAUAUUAUAUGAAAAAUACUAUAUUAGGUUUUUGAGAUAUAUUUGAAAAAAUUGAUUUCUACUAAUUUUACUUAUCUCAUACACUGUUUGUGUAGACAUUUAACCUUAAAUGCCAAAAGAGUGUGAUAAAUAUAUGUAAAUGAUUUAAUUUUCUAAUUCACAUAUCUUUUGUGGUACUCUCCAGGUAUAUGUAAAAGCUCAAGUUGACCAAGCAAUAAAAAAAAAAUAAGAAGAUGUUGUAUGAUUGUCAAUUAGACAACUAAAGACAAAAGAAAAGAGAUGUGAAAAUUGCAGGUUACCAUACGACAAGCACUUUUAAUGAUAGAUUUAGUCUAGGAUCCUGCCUCAAUAUCUGCUCUGUAUUUUAGGGGUAGAUCAGGAAGAAGUCAUGAUACCAGUGUUCAGAACUGAUUAGGAUUAAAGUUACUGGGAGUGUGCAAAUAAAGUGAACAUUUGAUAAAUCGAUCAGAUUGUAAAUUGAUAUUUGAUUAAUUUGGUUAACCAAUAAGACAACCAUGUUUAGAUUUUCACAUUUUAUGGUAAUUUGGAUGAAUUUUUUUAUACUUUUUGCAACAAAUUUGAAGCAGACAAAAUAUUUUGUUUGUCGUAUUUAUGAAAUAGUUCCUACUCCACAAUGCAUUGUGCUAGUGUCUACUCAAUGUAAGCAUGUUACUGUUGUAUACCUGACCUUGCUGCUAAGUAGUGAGUCAGAAUACUAGGACUUAAGGUUAUUGCAUAUAAACCAAAUAAAAGAUAAUUGUUUAUGUUGAACCAGUUAUGAUAAACUUACUGAUUUAGUGAUAGUUGUUAACAUAUCACACAAUAAAUAUUCAGUUUUUAACAGUUUCAACUUUGGGGCAUAUUUUGCAACUCACAUGCUGACUAUUUUUUUCAAAAUCAGCUAUGAUUAAAUAAAAAAAAUGUACAAUGUAUGUUUUUUUAAUAAACCUCAUGAAAUUAAUUAUAAGAUUAUCUUCCCCACCCUGUUACCAUAAGCAGGUUUUUUCUCUUUCAAGUUCAUGAAAUAUUUUACAUUUUUAAAUAAUUCUUAAGAAUUCCUUUCUACUUUUUGGAAAUAUAAAAAAGUAACUCUCUUCCCUUCUUUCCUAUAUUUUAGGGGAAGGAGGAAGAGAACCAAAUCUACUUUUAUGGUGGCCUAAGGUUUCAAUGAAAAUUUAGGGUUAAAAUGAUCAAGAAAUUUGUAGAACUGUUUAAUAAAUGUGCAGUGUAAAUUCAUUAUGGGUGAACACACUUAAUAUAACUUCAAUACAUCAGUUGUAACUUUCAGGAUUAUCUUUUUGUAAAAUAACAAAACCAUCCUCAUCAGGAAAACAUGCUUUCUCGAAUUUUAACAUUUUUUGGCACAAUAUGCAAAUUAAUUAAAUUAACAUUUUCUUUAUCCUUUUUCCAUGUUUACAUUCAUUUUUAUUCAAAAAAGCCCUUCAUCAAAUAAAAAAACAAAAAAACAUUAAAAAACAAAAAAGAUAUAUUCUACAUAUUACAAAAUGUAUUACUGCAGCAGAUAUUAACCACUCCUGUUUAUUAGCCAAGCAUAUGUUGAUUCCAGUUUAACUGACCAGUCCAUGUUUUAUCAAAGCCAGAUAUUGGUGUCAUGUUUACUCCUAUUUGUCAGUUUCUAUUUUGUCAUAUUCUGAACAGAUUUGUUUGUUUGCAGGUGUAUGGAAAACAGAAUCAAAAAACUUUUAUGUAACAUGCAUUCCUUACUUGUUGUUGUUAAUUGUUAUCAGUUAUAUUUAUGAGUAAUUUUAACUGUUUUUACAUGUACCUUUUAUAUUUAUUGUUAUAAUACCUUAUACAUACAUUUACCAAUUUUGUUAGUCUUAAUUUUUUAUGGACUUUUUGACUUUUUUAAAAUGACAUCAAACCUGCCAACCUUUUAAAAUCUCCAUUGGGGACUUUAAGAGCAAGAGGACCUUAUUCUCCUCUUAUAUUGUCAUAAGUGAUUUUAAUCUUUUAUUAUAUUGUUUGAAUGAGUAUGUAUGUGCUUAAAAACCCUUUUAACUCAUUUGAAUGCCUGUUUUGAGUUAUUUAGUUUAUAAUAAAGAAUUUCAAAAUUAUGUCAACACCUCUCAAGGGGGAAAUCCCAAUAAAUUGUGAAGGUUGGCAGGUCUGUGACAUCUGGACAUCAAGUUGGAAACCAUUUCUGGUCCUUCUUCCUCAGUAUAGACUUAUCCUUUAUUAUAAAGAAAAAGUUUUCUUUUACAAAAUUAUAAUAUGUAGUUUAUAAUAGAACAUUCACAGUGACGGAACAAACUUCUUGCAUAAAUAGAUAGCCAAUCAGUUUCUGUCAUAUAUUACAUGUUUAUCUCAUUACAUUAGUUUCAAAAAGAUUUAUAUAGUUGGCAUGAGGUUUUAUAAUUAUCAAGUGUAUUAAUUUAUAGUUCUUAUAGUUGAAUUCUGUUUAGAAUAUAUCUUUAUUCCAUCCAUUAAUGGCAGCCAUUUCUAUAUUCAUGUUUAUUGUCGGUCUCUUUAUACCAAAAAUAAAAAAAUCUUAGAAACACUC